GAUACUAGAGGGAGCCAGCUGCUUUUGCAUUUUGAGGAUUUUCCCUCUGGACUUUGUCUCCUGACUUCAGACUCAGCUUCUGCUGGGGGAGGGGCUUCCCUAGGCUCCUGUCUUGUGCUGGGGGCUGUAUUCUGCUGCCUGUGUCUUUUCACCCAGAGCCACAGGCAAAGCAAGGACCCCUUUGGCUUAAGGUGGUGCACGUUCCGAUUCCCCAGCACAGCCAUCAAGAUCCAGUUCACUUCUCUGUACCAUAAAGAGGAGGCUCCAGCGUCUCCCCUCCGGCCACUCUACCCUCAGAUCUCCCCGCUGAAGAUCCACAUUCCGGAGCCGGAUCUCCGAAGCCUGGUCAGCCCCAUCCCUUCCCCAACUGGCACCAUCAGUGUCCCCAACUCCUGCCCAGCCAGUCCACGUGGAGCUGGGUCCUCUGGCUACCGGUUCGUCCAGAAUGUGACCUCGGACUUGCAGCUAGCCGCAGAGUUUGCAGCGAAGGCCGCCUCAGAGCAGCAGGCAGACACGUCUGGCGGGGACAGCCCCAAGGAUGAGUCGAAGCCGCCCUACUCGUACGCUCAGCUCAUUGUACAGGCCAUCUCCUCCGCCCAGGACCGGCAGCUGACACUAAGUGGCAUCUAUGCCCACAUCACCAAGCAUUACCCUUACUACAGGACGGCCGACAAGGGCUGGCAGAAUUCUAUCCGGCACAACCUCUCUCUGAACCGUUACUUUAUCAAAGUCCCGCGCUCCCAGGAGGAACCUGGGAAGGGCUCCUUCUGGCGAAUAGACCCUGCCUCAGAAGCCAAGCUUGUGGAACAGGCGUUCCGAAAACGGAGACAGAGGGGUGUCUCCUGCUUCCGCACCCCCUUCGGGCCUCUGUCCUCAAGGAGUGCUCCAGCUUCACCCACUCACCCUGGGCUGAUGUCCCCUCGUUCCAGUGGCCUGCAGACUCCAGAGUGCCUGUCUCGGGAGGGCUCCCCCAUUCCACACGACCCUGACCUGGGGUCCAAGUCGGCCUCUGUUCCUGAAUAUCGGUGUUCCCAAAGUGCACCCGGCUCCCCUGUCAGCGCGCAGCCAGUGAUCAUGGCUGUGCCUCCCCGACCGUCCAACUUAGUGGCCAAGCCCGUUGCCUACAUGCCAGCUUCCAUAGUGACCUCACAGCAGCCCUCAGGCCACGCGAUCCACGUUGUGCAGCAAGCCCCCACCGUCACCAUGGUCAGGGUGGUCACCACCUCCGCCAGCUCAGCCAAUGGCUACAUCCUCGCCAGCCAGGGCUCGGCAGGGGGCUCCCAUGACACGACGGGCGCAGCCGUGCUGGACCUGGGCGGCGAAGCCAGAGGCUUGGAGGAGAAACCCACCAUUGCAUUUGCCACGAUCCCUGCAGCCAGCCGAGUCAUCCAGACGGUGGCCAGUCAGAUGGCCCCUGGGGUUCCUGGACACACAGUCACCAUCCUACAGCCAGCCACACCAGUGACCAUCGGGCAGCACCAUCUCCCAGUCCGGGCCGUCACUCAGAAUGGAAAGCAUGCUGUCCCCACGAACAGUCUGGCUGGCAGCGCUUACGCCCUCACCAGCCCCCUGCAGCUCCUUGCAGCCCAGGCAAGUUCGUCCACGCCGGUGGUGGUCACCCGGGUGUGUGAGGUGGGCCCCGAGGAGCCAGCAGCAGCAGUCAUGGCGGCCAGUGCCACCCCAACCCCAGCAACCUCCAACGCCACCUCAGCCUCCUCCAGUGGGGAACCUGAGGUCAAAAGGUCCCGGGUGGAGGAACCCAGUGGGACAGCGACCACACAGGCUGGGGUGAUGGCAGCUGCUGGCCCCCAGGGCCCAGGCACCGGAGAGUGAAGUCACCUGUACGAGGUGGAGCAGGACAUGCCACAGGAACCCGAGCAGGCUCCACAGUGCAGACGGCUGCGCUCGAGGACCCAGGAGAGGGGCCCCAGGGCUGGGCUGCCUGCAGCACUGCCACCUGAGCGGUGGCCACCACGCCUGGAACACCCAUCCUUCCCACUUUGCCUUCUGCCCUCCCACGGUGUGAAACAAAAACACAUAAACCAGUUCCGACAACUGAUCGCAUGGUCCUGGGGAUCUCGUGUGUUUAUUUCCCGCUCCCUGCACCGCUGCCUCUCCAGGCCCUUUGGUCAAGGCAUGGGGAGAAGGUCUGGCCCAGCACCUCAGGAACCUGUCAAGACCGCCCACCCACCAGGAGGAGGACGCCGGCCUCGGGGCCUUUGCUGGGGCAGCAGCCUUUGCCUGGAGGACCCGACAGGAACUCAGCAAGGUGCCAGCCAAGGCCUUCUCGGGGGUCGGGAAUGGGACAGAUUCCUGUUUGUCAUAGAUGGGGAAUAGGCAAGAGAAAGGCAGGAACUGCCACUCACGUACUGUUUUAUGGUGUCUUUUCCAAAAUGACAUAGAAAAUAUUGGCAUUAAUUAGAUGGGGGGGUGGGUCUGGUUUGGCUUUGGACCCCAAGUAUUUCUUGUUGUUUAAACACGGAAUUCAGGCUUAUCACCAAUUCAGGCACACACGAGACGGCUUGUGUCCCUUGGGUUUCUGCCUGAGACAGUUUAGCAGCACUGGGCCGGUGCUCUCCUGGCUUCAGCCCUGUCUGAUAACUUCAAGAAGGAUCCGCGGCUGCCGCCUGGUGUCAACAUGCUUUGGGUGAAAGGUCAGUCUGAAGUCAGCAGCUGCAGUCUCCAGCCGGCCCUGGACACGUGUUGAGCCGCACGCCCGGGAAAUGGGGCUCCAGGCAGAAGUCAGUUGCCUGCUUGGCAAGGAGGACGUUCAUGUGUGUCACCAGAAGACCAGGGUAAACCCCAGGGUCCCCACAGCUCUGACCCCGGACUGAGGAUCCACUGGGAUACAUCUGCUCACACUGCCUUUCCCACCACAUUCCAGUUUCCUGACCUCCCCCAAAUCCAUCCAUUGUUUGAAAUUGGAACCGGUUCUGUCAGAAACUAGGGGACUCUGGUCACUUAGCCGAAAGGAAACUCCCCACCAUGCAGCAGUUGGCAGGCAGGCCCACGCCAGCUCUGCCUGUUUUGACUUCAAUGAGGUGAGAGCCAAAGGACAGAAUGCUCCCUGCAGUUGGUCAAGGGGCUCCAGGGCACCUAGGGAUGUCCCUCUGCAUGUCCAUACGACCAGCAGCACUUUGAGCCACGUCACAGAAGCAGGAGCUAAGCCGGAGCUGAGGAGCCGUGGACCAUUUGGCCCAGUGAGGGGAUGAGAUUGGAGCCCUUCAGCCACCCCCGGGGACCCUCGGAGGAAGCAUUCGCGCAUCCGCGUAAGAUGGCCUUGCAGUGGCCAGGCGCUCUCGCUGGUCCUCUGAGUGGCCACAGCCGGAAACAGCAGCGCUCCAGGGCAGCACCUGCCCUUGAGGAAAAGACCCUGGGACAUCCAGUCCCUGGACAGCAGGGAGUGGCAGGGCACAUGCCACCUCUAAAUGGAGGGGACAAUUUCCCAGGUGAUUUGGAGGUAGGGCAGGGAGACUGACCACGGCCAGAGCUGGUGGGCAGGAGGGAUGCUCUCUCCUGCUGCUGCUGCAUGUCCCCGCACCCACUAGUUGGGUGUCUGCUUGGCCAGGAGGACAUUCAUGUGAGUCACUAGGAGUUAAGGGGUAAGCCCUGGCCCUGCCCUCUUCCUUCUGCCUGCAGGGAAAACCCGUCGCUGUCAUUAUUUUAGCCCCUCAGACCAGGGGUUUCUAUGGCACUAAACCUUAACUGGGAAAUAAGCUCUUUGAAGUCUGUACCUUGGCCUUGGUGAAGUUCCGGGAGACGGGCAGGGUGAGGGCGGCCCCUUCUGCCAUAGCACCCUCCGCGCACAGCGGCUCCUCCUUCCCCUUCCUGGGCCUUUCCGCGUGCCUGGUGUGUGCGUGGGUCGGGAAGCAGGAACGGGGAGAGUCCUAGGUGAGGACCUGUGACAAGGGAUGUUAAGGUCAUCAGAUGCUUCUUUCCCUUCCCUGGCUGCACGUGGUCACCUCUGUGGGGGAUUCUGUUUGAUUCUGGACUGUAGUGACAGCCACAGGAGGUGCUUGGGUGGUGGCUACCCAGAACUGUAGGUUCCUGACUCUGGCUCCAACUUGUUUGCUCUUCUAUCUUCUGAGACAUUCUGGUCCCUGUCUUCUGUACUGUGUCACUGUGAACACUGCCCAGGUGAGGGGCAGAGGGGGCAGGGAGGGCAGGGACCUAUUCCCAGAGUCCUGCUCGUGGAGGGUCUCUCGAUUAAAGGGACAGAGAAGUGCCCUUGGGGUCAGUGCAGACUCUGUGCAGGGAGCGGGUGGGGAGGCUGGAAUGUCACGCUGGGUUGAUAAACGGUGUUGGAAGGGUUUGGUCAUCCACCAGGUGGCAUACUUGGCUCCUGCCAGAACUUGUCCUGGAGCCAGUAACCAGAGACCCAGGCGUAGCUGGUGACCAGAGCUGCACAUCCCAGCCAGAGCUCUGCAUAUGCUCCAGAGCCACCAAGCAGGCCUCGCAGCUGAGCCUGUCCUGGAAACCAGAGUUCACCCAGGGGCCAGGAGAACCUCUACCAUCGGGCUCGGGCCUUUUAGGUGUCACUGCAGACAUGGAGCAAGAGAACCUGCUCUGGGUCAUGCCAGGCUCCAGGCUCUGGCAUGACCCAAGGUGGAGGCCCGAGGUCCAAGGUCCAGGCGAUGGCUAGGGAGGCUCCCUCCUGCCUGGCCCUGCUCUGACUGGAGCUUCCAAAGACCCCGGUGCCUGGCCAGCCGCUCCCUACUCAGUACGUCACCAGACUCAGAUGCAAGAGUGUGUGAAGACGGCCAGCCCUCCCUAGCAAGCUGGCGUGGUGCUGGGAGUCAGAAGCUACCCUAAGAGCUCGCCUGGCUGUUGGGACCUCAGUUUGCAUCCCCCUGUCUGUCUCUCGUGUGUCCAGUGGCAAUUGGUGGCACUUUCCUUCCAUGCACUUCGGGUGUUGGCCGUCCCUUGUGUCUAACAGGGGACUAACCCACUGUCUCUAAGAAACUCAAGAAGGAGACUCAUUGUCCUUGAGACCAGGCUGGGAAGACACAGAGUGGGGAAUAGGCCCAGGCAGGUGGAGGACCCGUGGUUUCCCACCCAAGGCCUAGUUUGUUCCUAUUUGGGGUUUCUGGGUUUCUUUUUUCUAUUUUUGUUAUUUAGACCCAAGUCAAGUAGAAAGGGUGGGAGUAGACGUGGGCGUUGCUGGAUGGAUGUGUCAUGGACCUAAGUCUCAUGCUUGAGUGAUUUCCAAAUUGGGAGGUAAAGAUCUGGUAGAGCUUCACCAUGGCAGGGACAGAGACUCCCCCACCCCUCUAGGCCACCUCUGUCUCCAGGUGGGUAACCAAUCUCGGGAUCCACUCCUGGGGCUCUUUGCUCUCCUCCCCAGGCCUGGAGAAAGAGUGGCUUGAGGUCCUAGGAUCAUUUUAGUUAAUGCUCAUUAUUUCCUCUGAAAUGAAGAGCCUCCCUGGGACAUUCCAGGUGGGCUGGGCGUUUCCAGUACCAGGGUUCCUCUCUGUAGACAGAAAUCUCUACACUGGUGGCAUACCUGGUUCCUACCAGAACUUGUCCUGGAGCCAGUAACCAGAGACCCAGGUGUGGCUGGUGCCCAGAGCUGCACAUCCCAGCCAGAGCUCUGCAUGUGCCACUCUGUGACUUCGGAGUCAGAGUCCUUCAUGGAGAACAGACCUCACUUGAAGAGACAAGAGCUUAGUUGAAUGCAGGAGGAGGACAGGAAGAAAGGAUUCCCCAAGCUCUUACAGCACAGAAACAAAUGCAGCUGGUGGGAGGGAGCUCUCUGCUCUUCUUCAAAAGCCUCAAAUUCCCCUUUGCACCUAAGUGACUUCAUCUGGUCCAAGGGACGGGACCCUCUCUAGGGACAUUCCCCACCUGUCCUGGGCGCUCCCUCACCCUCUGAGAGUGUGCCUCAGUGCCCAGUAGCUUGCUCCGUGGUAAAUACAGAUAAAUAUGAAAAGUAAGACUGUACUAUUAAAAAAAAAAAGUCAAGUCCCCAUGUGCCGAACAGGAGCCUUUGCUGCCGUGGGCCAUUCUGCUGAGCACAGAGAGCA